AUGUUUAUGCUCACGCCACUUCCUAUAUCAAAAGCAUUAUCAUGCAAACGUCAGGAGCCACCUAAAUCGGAGUUCAAUAGGUUAUCUUCCUCUACUUAUGCUUGUGGGACAUCAAAUAUUUUUGCCUUAUCUGGAGAUAUACCUGACUGCUCGUUUGAUGCUGCUGUGGCGAAGCCAACUCCACUCAAACCUUCUGCUCCUGUUGCGAUUCAAGAGGCGAACGCUCAAGAAAAUGGAUUUAUUUCUUCUCCGCUUUUUCCUAAAAGAGAAAGCUCCAUGCUUGUUAUGACACCAUGCUUAAAAAUGUCACCCCCUAAAUCUUGUGUUUUGCUUGAACCCAUAUCUGAAAUCUGUCAUCCAGGCAAAGACAAUGACAAGGUACGCAAAUCCACUCCGUUUCCUGUUGGGAUUCAUUACAGCGAUUCAGAAACUCCUGAUUCUUCUGGUGGUGAAGCUUCAAAAGAUCUGGCAUUGAAGUAUCUGGAGCUAUUAGGGAUACAACAUAUUUCUAAAUCUGCAGCUGGAAAGAAAACAACAGAAGCAUCCCCAGAUUGGUUUAUGUCGCCUCCUAAAACUUGUGUUUUGCUGGAGCCACCUGAUGAGAAGCCGUUUGGUUUGGUAAAGGCUGAAAAAGGUUUACAGAUGACAGAUGCUGUUAUUACUAAUAAAGAAACUAACAAAUUGAAAGACAAUGUUUUCGAAGACCAUGGUCAAACCAAAAAAUCUUGUAACAAAGAACACAUUGGUGGCAACUUAUCCUCUGUGGAGAGCACUAUGUGGCUUGAGCCUGAAAGCUCGUUUCGAGCUGGGAAAUGCCCUGGUGAGAAUACACUGAAGAAAGAAUUGUGGACAAAAUUUGAAGCAGCAUCUACCAAGGGGCUUCUGAGUAAAACCCCCACAGUCAGCAAUAUUACUCAAAAAGGAUUUCUGGAUCUCCUGGAAGAAGCUUCUUGUGAAGAUUAAGCACGCUACUAAGAUCAAUAUCUCAGCAAGCAAAUAGAUUUUUCCCUCAUUUGGAAUUUGGAAACGAAAUUUUUGGCUGUACAGCUCAUGUUGUAAGGUUUGGGGCAAAGAGGCCUACUGGCCCUGUGCAUUGUGUCUUAAUCCCCCACCUAGAAGAUAAUUUUGCCAGGGGGAUGCAGGACACUUGAUGUAAGCUGUGUUCUUGUGCUGGUUUUUGUUCCUUCCCUGUUGAUGUCAAGAAGAAAGGAAUGGAACUAUGGGAAGUGUCAUCCGUGGAAUCUAAUGUUGGCCAUAUCAUUAGGCACUUAUCUUAAGAAUAUGAGAUGCACUCAACAAGAUGCGUCGAACCAUGAUAGGUGCGAUCGUUUGUUUGUCGGAUUCGAAAUGAAAGCAAUGGAUGCAGGAAGAAUCACACUAAUUUCAGUUACUUGAAUUAUUUUCUAUUGUAUCUAUACAAUAUGCUAUA